AUGAGCGCCGUUGCCGAAAAACGAUACACAACGCCUGGCAGUGUAUUGAAAGAUGUACUAGAUCACUUUUCCCGAUAUUGCGCACACCAAUCGACGCUCGACCCACGGGGCAACGAUUGCAGUGUCGCAUGCAGGGAAACGAGCAACAACGCGGAACGACGGUUCUACUCUCUCGAACGUAGAUUGGAAGCAAAUGCAGAGCUCAAGGCACAGUACCACCAAUUCGUAACGGAAUACGAAGAACUCGGCCACAUGAGAGAAGUCGACUAUGGUGAAUUGGAUACAAAUCCGCAAUAUUUUCUACCUCAUCAUGCGGUUCUGAGACUGGAAAGUUCGACAACAAAGCUGAGAACGGUUUUUGAUGCAUCCUAUAAAUCCAAAUCUGGACUGUCUCUCAACGAUGUCCUAAUGCCGGGACCGACCGUGCAUGACUCACUAGUCGCAAUAGUUCUACGCUUCAGAAUGCACCCGUUUGUUGUGGCUGCGGACGUGACCAAAAUGUAUCGGCAGAUAUUGGUUGAUCCAUCCGAUCAGCCGUUGCAAAGAAUCUUCUGGCGGUUUUCAGCCGAUGAGCCACUAAAAGUCUAUCAACUGUUAACCGUAACUUAUGGAACUAACUGCGCCCCAUUUUUAGCCACAAGAGUUCUCCAGAAGUUAGCAGAGGAUGAAGCAGCGAAUUAG